AUGAUGGCCAGCCCAGUCGGUGACACCUUGGUCCGUCCUUCUUCGAUAUCCCCUCCGCCGCCGGUAUACCUACGAGCAUCGCCUCCGCCGCAGCCACCUUCAUACGACCCUCCAGCCAUUCCUGGCCAUGAGAAUGUAGGAGAGCAAUCUGCUACUUACGAAAUACGCAAGAAAUCGCCCCCGGUGUCUGCUUUAAACAUCAACCAUGAAGCACACAUCCAACGUUCUCCGCAGUCUCCCGUGCAUAUCGACGGCUCCGCGUUUGAUCCCCAGGGCUUUAGCGCUGUGAUUGAAGGCUCCAGCUAUGACCUGGACUCGCGUUUUUCCACAAUAAACCUUUCGGAUCCGGCGCCAGCUUCGACAACGAGAUCUACUUUGCCACCUCGAGUUGAUUCCAUACCUGCAGCAUCUGCGCAGACUAUAGCUGAUCGUCAUACUUCCGCCAGCACCGGAUCGUGGUCAUUAGUCGGUAAUGAGAAGGAGGACGGAUCGAAACAGGCACCUGCCGACCAGCAAGGAGUUGCACAAACCUAUCAUAAUUCCAAUUCGUCAGAGGCCAGUUUAUCGAGCUCACAGCAAAUGGACUACCAACCUCUACAGUAUCACCAUCGACCUCUCCGUGACUCUCCCACCGGACGACACUCUGGCUCGUCGUCUACAGAGUAUCUUCCUCAGACGAAUCAACUACUCUCCCCGCGACAGGGAGCUUUCGGAACCUCACGCCCAAUGUCUGUUUAUUCUUCUACAUCCGACCUUCGAGCUCGCUCGCCACACGGUCGUAAUGUGUCUGGUCAUUCACCAGAUUCCCGCCCCAAAUCAACAUAUGUCGAGUUGUUGAACACGCCGUAUCCACAACAAGUGCCAUCGCCAGCCACCAAGGACAAUGAUCACUUGCGAAUGCUGCUUGGGAAUAACAUCUCGUUGUUAAGUCAGAAGCAAACAUUUGAGAUGUACCUCGCGAAUGUCAAAAAAACCAACGAUCCAGCCGUGCAAUAUGAGUUUGCGGUGUUUAUGAUCAGUGCCAUUCAAGAAUUGUACACCGAUGAAGAUGGUAUUACACCAGUUUCAGUGGACAAACAGAAAGAUGCGCCUGACGUUACGAAAUCCCGCUUACUACUCGAGGCAAAGGCAAUUUUACAGAGGCUUGCAGAUCGCAGUUACCCUUUUGCGCAGUAUUAUCUUGGAGAUGGAUUCUCAUCUGGCCUUUUCAGUAAAGGCAAACAGGACUACGACCGGGCACUGCCUUUAUUUGUGGCUGCGAGUAAACAUGGUCACGCCGAAGCCUCAUACCGGGCUGGGCUAUGUAACGAGUUUGGUUGGGGUUGCAGAACCGACGGACCUAAAGCAGCUAAUUUCUACCGAACGGCUGCUACGAAAAAUCAUCCUGGUGCUAUGCUUCGGCUUGCUCGAGCAUGUCUCGCAGGUGAUCUGGGAUUAGGAAAACGAGAGCGAGAAGGUUUGAAAUGGUUGAAGCGGGCUGCCGAUACGGCUGAUAUGCAGUACAACGCUGCUCCUUACGAACUAGGGUUGUUACAUGAACAAGGAUAUGGUCAAGAUAUCUUCAAGGAUGAGUCGUAUGCUGCUCAAUUAUACACCCGAUCAGCCGAUCUUGGUAAUAGGGACGCCAACUUUCGCAUGGGAGAGGCAUACGAGCACGGACAGUUGGGCUGUCCUCACGAUCCGGCGCUGAGUAUACAUUUCUACACCGCGGCUGCUCAGCUUGAUCACCCGCAGGCUCAGAUGGCGCUAUGUGCGUGGUACUUGCUCGGCGCGGAACCUAUCCUCGAGCGGGACGAGGCAGAAGCGUACGAGUGGGCUCGCCGAGCCGCAGAACAAGGACUCGCCAAAGCUCAAUAUACUGUAGGGUUCUUUACGGAGAGUGGCAUAGGGUGUCGACGCGACCCGCUCGAAGCCAAUGUCUGGUAUGUGAAGGCGGCAGAUCAGGGAGAGGAGAGAGCCAAGCACAGACUGGCGGCAAUUCAGGCCGCUUCAGAGGGAGCCAACCCCAUGUCGGCGGCCAAAUCGAAAAAGAAGACCGAAAGACGGCCUUCAAAUGAGAAGAAUUUCGAACAUGUCACGAUCUUCAAGUUCAUGCGCUUCGGCUACAUCCAACGGGAUAUACACCUAGGCCCUGAGCCUACAUAA